AAUAUAUUCAGUUCCAUAUAAUUUGAUUUAAACGUCGGUUUAAUCGGGUGCAAUCCAGACAGACCAAUCUAUUCCACACCCUAGCUCAGCUGAGCAGAGGUCACAGGAGUAGAGUAAAGAAGAGUGGUGAAAAAGGACAAAAUGGAGCCAACAAGAACACCAUAGACACUGGUUAUUAGAGGUCGCAUUUCAUCACUUCGGUUAGGCACAGAAAAGGUAAAAGAGAAAGCCGUUGAAUGUGAGAGAGAGAGAGAAUCAGGAGGGAGGAUAGGGGUAGUUUGGGGAAGAGUGUGCUCAAAGUUCUUUUUGGUCAGUUUUUGUUACCAAUAAACAAGUAAUAUUAGUUAGUUACUUCACAGGACAGGAGCACCAGGAAGCAAGCAAACCAACAACUGCAAGAAGGAAGUGGGUGGUAGACUGGUGAGGAAGAAGAAGAAGUUAAGGUUCCAAGUGAGUGAGUGAAGGUUAAGGAAAAUGAUAGUGGUUGUUGUUGUUGCCAUUGCUGUUGUUGUUACAGUUGCCUGCCCCUGCCGCCUUACUUCUAUUCCCCCUUUCUUCUCCUUCUCCUUCUACCUGUAAUCACUCUUUCCCUUCUCCCUCUCUUUUCCUCUAUUCUUAAUUUUCCCCAACUACCCCUAUCACUUUCUCUCUCUCUCUCUCUCCCUCUCCUCCUCCCUUUUUCACAUUGUCUUUCUCUUCCUAGAAAUACCCACUUCCCAAAAUUUCCUCGUUUUUAGCUGCUGCUCUUACUCUCUUAUUUCCCUACUUCUUGUUUUUCACAUUUUUGGGUCUGAAACUCUGAAUUCAGGAGGAGGGUGUGGUGAUUUCUUGCUAAAGUUGCGAACUUUGUGGUCUGAAUUCACUGCUGCUCGAAAUUUGUGCUGUCCUUUCCUCUGGGGUUCUAUGAUGGAUGCACCGCCGUCUCCUUCCCCUGUUUCUCCUCCCGGCGGCGGUGGAGGAGGGGAGGAUUGUUGUGUAAAAGUAGCGGUACACGUCAGACCGCUCAUCGCCGACGAGAAAGCUCAAGGAUGUAAAGAUUGCGUCACUGUCGUCCCUGGGAAGCCUCAGGUUCAAAUAGGUACACAUUCCUUUACAUUCGAUCACGUCUAUGGGAGCUCGGGUUCACCAUCGACAGCCAUGUUCGAGGAGUGUGUUGCUCCAUUGGUUGAUGGCUUGUUCCAGGGUUACAAUGCUACUGUCCUUGCCUAUGGUCAGACGGGAUCCGGAAAGACAUAUACAAUGGGUACCGGUUUCAAAGAAAGCUACCAAGCUGGAAUAGUUCCUCAAGUGAUGAGUGUACUGUUCGGAAAGAUCGAAACUUUGAAGCAUCAAACUGAAUUCCAGCUCCAUGUUUCAUUCAUUGAGAUUCUGAAAGAAGAAGUGAGAGACUUGCUGGAUCCCUCGUGUCUGCACAAAGCAGAAUCUCCCAAUGGACAUGCAGGGAAAGUAAACGUGCCAGGAAAGCCACCAAUACAAAUUCGAGAAUCUUCAAACGGCGUGAUAACGCUUGCAGGAUCCACGGAAGUUAGUGUUGGCAGUUUGAAGGAAAUGGCCGCUUACCUCGAGCAAGGAUCGUUGAGCAGGGCAACUGGGAGUACAAAUAUGAACAACCAAUCAAGCCGUUCCCACGCUAUUUUCACCAUCACGCUGGAGCAAAUGCAGAAAAACAACUCACUCUCUACUGGAGAUGGGAGUCAAAACGAUGGGAUGAACGAUGAGUAUCUUUGCGCUAAGUUGCAUUUGGUAGAUCUAGCAGGAUCUGAGAGGGCCAAGAGGACAGGUUCAGAUGGCUUGCGCUUCAAGGAAGGCAUUCACAUCAACAAGGGGCUUUUGGCACUUGGCAAUGUGAUCAGCGCACUUGGGGAUGAGAAAAAGCGGAAAGAAGGUCUUCAUGUUCCUUAUCGGGACAGUAAAUUGACUCGGCUUUUGCAGGACUCGCUUGGCGGUAACAGCAGAACUUGCAUGAUAGCUUGCAUUAGCCCUGCUGAUAUAAAUGCAGAGGAAACCCUGAACACUCUAAAGUAUGCGAAUCGUGCUCGGAAUAUUAAAAACAAGCCUGUUGUCAAUAGAGAUCCAAUGUCAAGUGAGAUGCUUAAAAUGCGGCAACAGCUGGAGUAUCUUCAGGCAGAACUCUGUGCCCGAGGAGGAUCUUCAUCUGAUGAAGUGCAAGUACUCAAGGAAAGAAUCACAUGGCUUGAAGCUACAAACGAGGAUCUCUGUAGAGAGCUUCAUGUAUAUCGCAGCAGGUGUGCUGCUGUGGAUCCCCGUGACAUAGAUGCUCAAGACACUAGUAUAUGUUCUGUAAAAGGUGAGGGACUCAAAAGGAGCUUACGCAGUCUAGAAGCAUCAGACUAUCAAAUGGUUGAAACAGUACAGAGCGAUACUAGAGAAAUUGAUGAUGAAGUAGCUAAAGAAUGGGAGCACACGCUUCUCCAAAGCACAAUGGACAAGGAGCUGCACGAGUUGAACAGGCGCUUGGAAGAGAAAGAGUCGGAGAUGAAACUUGUUGGAGGUUUUGACACUGUAGCACUCAAGCAACAUUUCGGCAAGAAAAUCAUGGAAAUGGAGGAUGAGAAAAGAGUUGUGCAGCAAGAACGAGACCGUUUGCUAGCUGAAAUCGAAAAUCUCUCAGCUGGCUCGGAUGGGCAUGCCCAGAAAUUGCAAGAUGUUCACUCCCAGAAAUUGAAGACAUUAGAGACACAGAUUUCAGAUCUGAAGAAGAAACAGGAGAGCCAGGUCCAGCUUUUGAAGCAGAAACAAAAAAGUGAUGAAGCGGCAAAGAAAUUGCAAGAAGAGAUACAAUCUAUAAAGGCCCAGAAGGUUCAAUUGCAACACAGAAUGAAGCAAGAGGCUGAACAAUUUCGACAAUGGAAGGCCUCUAGAGAAAAGGAAUUGCUUCAGCUACGCAAGGAGGGGAGAAGAAAUGAAUACGAAAGGCAUAAGCUACAAGCAAUAAACCAGCGCCAGAAAAUGGUUCUGCAAAGAAAAACAGAGGAAGCUGCUGUUGCUACCAAGAGACUAAAGGAACUGCUUGAAGGCCGAAAAUCUUCUCCACGUGAAAACGGUCUUUCCAAUGGACAUGUAGCCAAUGGACAGAGCAAUGAAAAAUCUCUACAAAGAUGGCUUGAUCAUGAGCUAGAAGUCAUGGUGAAUGUUCAUGAAGUUCGCUUCGAGUAUGAGAAGCAAAGCCAAGUGCGAGCUGCACUGGGCGAAGAGCUUGCUGUGUUGAGACAGGUGGAUGAGCUAGCUUCAAAAGGAUUAACCCCUCCAAAGGGAAAGAAUGGAUUUGCUAGGGCUUCAUCCAUGUCACCGAAUGCCAGAAUGUCCAGAAUAGCCUCACUCGAGAGCAUGUUGAACAUAUCAUCUAACUCUCUCGUGGCUAUGGCUUCACAACUUUCAGAAGCAGAAGAGCGUGAACGCAGCUUCACCACCCGUGGGCGUUGGAACCAAUUGAGGUCCAUGGGAGAGGCCAAGAGCUUGCUUCAGCACAUGUUCAACUCUCUGGGGGAUGCAAGGUGCCAAAUGUGGGAGAAGGAUAUGGAUAUCAAGGAAAUGAAGGAACAGUUCAAAGAACUUGUUAACCUAUUGCGUCAAAGCGAGACUCGAAGAAAGGAAGUCGAGAAGGAGCUGAGGUUGAGAGAACAAGCAGCUGCUAUUGCUUUGGCUACAGCAGCUUCAGUAGGGGCUGGCCAUGAACAAGGAACCCCGCCAAAUUCACUAAAACACGGUGCUGAUGAAAUGAUGAGCAGUCCCUUGUCUCCGGUAUCUGUGCCAGCACCGAAACAGCUAAAAUAUACACCAGGAAUAGUGAAUGUCCCAGUCAGAGAAUCAGCAGCUUUUAUAGACCAAUCGAGAAAAAUGGUACCGCUGGGGCAAGCAUCAACGAGAAAACUAGCAGUUGCAAGCCAAGGUGGGAAGCUGUGGAGAUGGAAGAGAAGUCAUCAUCAGUGGCUGUUGCAAUUCAAGUGGAAAUGGCAGAAGCCAUGGAGGCUAUCCGAGACAAUCAGGCUCAGUGACGGGACAAUUACAAGGACGAAGCACCGUGUACAGUACCGAACACGUGUGUCAUAAGCUGUGAGCAACUUGGGUUACUCUCACCAUAAUCUCUCCAUCUUAGAGCUAUAAGUGUGGUUCUAAUGCGCUUCUAUUGGAGGUAAUCUUUGCUUCGAAAUGUUUCUCCAUUUCCACAUUGCUGUCAAUUGAGAUGUUGAUUCCUGAAUGUUCCGACAUUGUAGAGGGAGCGAGCUAUGCUUGUAGCUGAGAUGGAUGGGUUGAUUUUGAAAGGAAGCUAGGGUUUGAUACUUCUAAUGCUGCUGGGGAGCAUCUUUGUAAAGCAUUGGUUUGGUGAUGCUGCCCCGUGAUCAUAUAUAUACUAAUGAAGAACUGAGGAAAACGCAGUUGUUCGACUGGUGAGAUGUCUUAUGUUCUGCCAAAUAUACCUAGUACUCUGUUCAAUAACCCAACACCUUGGAUGGAAACACUCUCAUCAAGGAUGUCCGCACAAAAAUUGCACAAGGAAGAAGAAGAUCUCUCUGCCUUGUGUUUGUUUUUGGUCCUACUAUUAGGUGUAAUGUUGUUCUUUUUUCUUUUUGUAUCUGCCUAAUUUGUGCCAUUAUUUUAGUGUGUAAAGCACAAAAGUUGAUAAGAGGGGAUAUUCUUUGUGAACGGAGAUUUGUUUUAGCAGUGUGGAUAUGUAAGAAGACAGCAAUAUAUGUCAUCAUCUUAUAUGUACAAAAGGAAAAUUAACUUCAAGAUCUAUUUACCCUUGUAGUCAGUCUGCUUCUUGUUUGGGGUUCAUUUAUGAUCGAAAUAUGUAACAAUUCAUCCUUAUUUACCAUACGAUGUUCACUGCAAAUUGUAAUUAACACUUAACAGGGAC